UUCUUUCCCAUUGUUCAUUCAGCAAAAUGAAAUGAACUAUAGCGAGCAUAGCUAAUUCAGAUCUUUAUCAAAAAUAUAAUUCAGCAGCUGACUAUAUAGAUUAGAAUAAGCUUUACUUCCCCGCCAAAAAAAAGGAAGAACAUGAGAAUAAGCUUAGCGGACAUGGCGUCGUGGUGCUUCGCUCUGUCGGCGCUGGCGGCCCUGCUGCUGGUGUGCUCGCUCGGGGAGGCGGAGGUGGUCACUGUGCGUGGCGCGUCGCUGGCGGCGCGGUGGCGGCCGUGCGAGGAGAUCUACGUGGUGGCGGAGGGCGAGACGCUGCACGGCAUCAGCGACCGGUGCGGCGACCCCUACAUCCUGGAGCGCAACCCGCACGUCCACGACCCCGACGACGUCUUCCCCGGCCUAGUCCUCAGGAUCACGCCCUUCAGCCCGAGGCCGUCCGUCCCCGUUAGCCCCCCGUAGGUAGACCAAGGAAAAAGAAGAGUUUGAUUGUUCUGCAGAAUCAUUCGAGUUCGCUACGACGAACUCUGAUUUACGAGCAACCUCGGUACUCCCAGUACUAGUACACAGUUCACUGAUGGAUGAUAUAU